CUCCGUCUACAAAAGAUUUGGUCCAAACAAUCAGAUAUGCUCUUCAAAAAAGCACUACAAGACCUGCAAAAUGAUAAUGACUAUCUUUCAAUACUGACUUUGCACCCAACCAUUUCUCCUGCUUUUCCUCAGCAGUCCCCCAACAAAUUCAAAGACUUCAUCCGGUAUCUGCCCAUCCACUUAUCAAAAUUCAUUUUGAGAAUGUUGGACCUGAAAACCUUAGCACAGUGUGCUUAUGUAAGUCCACAUUGGAACUUUUUGGUCAAACAACUUAAGUGUGAUGUAGUAGCAAAUCACGCCCUCCGAAGUCAGAUUUCAUUUUUCCAGGGAUCAUGUCCUAAAGGAGCAAUUGCCACCUAUGCCAGAAUAGUAAAGGUUGCUAUUCCUCAAAUCACAGCAAAUGGUGACAUCAUCCCAAGCAGAACUAAGAAGCAAUUCAAGGAUUUUGACUUCCAACAAAGUUCAUAUCAAGACCAAAACAUUGAAUACUUGCAGAAAGCAUACCAUGGCCAAGAGACAGAGGCUGUCAAGUUAGAGGAAAGGAAUAUCUUCUGCAGUGGCUACAAUGUUCGUAUUCUAAUAGACAGUCGGGAUUCCAACAGAGUGAUUCACUACAGUGGUGGAAGCAUGCUGGCCAUUGGUUCUCUGGAUCGAAAAGUCCGCUUUCUGGAUAUAGAGAAGAUUAAAUAUGUCCCUCCUGUCCUCUCUGGUCACGCUGGUAGUAUUAGAGCGUUAUAUCUCAGUGAACAGAAAGGAUUCCUCCUGAGUGGCAGCUAUGAUCUCAGUAUCAGAAUGUGGAACAUCAAAACUGGGACAUGUGUGAAAAUAUUUAUGGGCCACAAAGGGAGCAUCACUUGCUUGGAUGUGUACAAGAGCAGAUUUGUGUCUGGAUCCAAAGAUUGCUCAGCAAAAU